UCUCUUGUUUGUUUGAAUCAUCAUCUCCUCUCUUUCUAACUUUCGACGUUCUACUCAAACCUCCAACCUAAACCUAACCCUCAUUCGUCUAAUUUCUGUGUUAACCCUCAUUGGAUCUUACCUAGAUUAUAGUAAGUGAAAAAAUGUGGAUGCACGAGCUAUAGGCUGCAUUUGCCAUGGAAGAGGACAAGUUGGUGGGGACCAAUGAGGCAAAUCCCCGAGCGAUUGUGAAGUUAGAAAAAUAUGCUUUUGUUAUUCAAAAUGAAAAUAGGAAAAAUGAAUUGAAGGGCAUAGAAACUCAAAAUAAUGGUAAUGAUUGCCCCGAGUUUGAAAAUGAACAGUAUGAUAUAUCAGACAAGGUAAGUGAUCAAGUUGCUGAAAAGUUGGAAGGAGAUACUUUUAGUAGUCAAAAUAACGAUAAGGAAUUGAAAAAGGCAAAAAAUCAAAAUUUUGGUCAUGAUUUCCAAGAGCUUGACAGCAAGCAAGAUGAUAUAUUAGACAAGAUAAACAAGGUUAUAGACAUAAAGCUGAGUAUUCAUGAGGAAAUAAAAAAUAAUGUGAUGGAAGAAUCUGAGUUGGCUCAGAGGGUAGCUAGUAGUUAUGAUUUACAAAAUGGAUGUCAACAAGAAAACUUAGAAGAAAAUGUUAAAGUUCAAGGUGACUUGUUUCAAAAGGUGCAGGAGAGUGAUUACAUAAAAUCUGAAAAUCAAAUUAAUAUUAUUGGACAAGAGUAUGUAGAUGUUAUGGUAGAGAACAAUGGAAAUUUUGAGCCUAAAAGUUCAGAAGUAAAUCUAGAUAAUAAUUUUGGACACAAUGACUUGGCUAAAGAGAAGGAUGACAGCGGAAGCAUGGAAUCAACACAAAUAGAUCAGAAGAGAAACAACAUUUCAAACGAGGACAAUAAUUUGCAGCUUGUAUUUGAUGAAAUUGAGGUUCCUGGGGUUGAAGUUAGCAGUCACAAAUCUACCCAUACUUUGGAUGCAAAUCUAGAGACUUCCUCUGUUGUUGAGAAGACAAUAUCUCUAAAAAACUUUGUUAGGGACAAAAGUAUAGUAGUAAUUUCCACUAUGUUGCGUCGUCUUUCUAGAAAAAGAGAUGAAAAUGUUGUGGGUAAUUUUGAUGAAGUGGGUCAAGAUGUUUCAAAUUCAUCAAGAGAUAAUGAAACUAAAGAGGCUUCUGAGAAGGUAAUGGAGAAAAUAACUUGGAACCCUUUGAAUAAUAUUAAAACGUCACCUAAUGUUGACGCAGAAAAUAAAAUUGAGCAAAAAGUGGAAUCCAUAACUGAGGGUCCACCAAUGCCCAUACCCAUGAAAGGAAGGAUUAUUGUGUACACAAGACUAGGGUGUCAAGAAUAUAAAGAAGUUAGAAAAUUUUUGUAUAUGAGAAGACUUAGAUAUGUUGAAAUCAACAUUGAUGUGUACCCCAGUAGAAAGAUAGAGCUAGAGAAGAAUUCUAGAUCUACUUCUGUUCCUAAGAUAUAUUUUAAUGAAAUACUUAUCGGAGGCUUGAGAGAACUAAAGAGUUCAAAUGAGUCUGGCAAGCUUGAGGAGAAGAUUGAGUACAUUAUUAAUGAAGCAUCGCCAUUUGAAGGUCCAUUGCCACCACUUUCUGGAGAGGAUGAUAUGUCCAGUUGUGGAGCACUUGAUGAAAUGGCUAUAAUUGUUCGCAAAAUGAAAGAAUACAUUGUUGUGAAGGAUCGAUUCUACAAAAUGCGAAGGUUUGCUCGUUGCUUUCUUGGCUUUGAAGCUGUGGACUUCUUGUCCGAAGAUCAAUAUUUGGAAAGAAGAGAGGCUAUUGAGUUUGCACGAAAGCUUGCUAGCAAACUUUUCUUUCAACAUGUUCUUAAUGAAAAUCUAUUUGAGGAUGGAAAUCACCUAUAUCGAUUUUUGGAUGAUGAUCCAAUUGUUGCAACUGAGUGUCAUAAUAUUCCAAGGGGGAUAACUACUAUAAAACCUAAGUCUAUGGUAGAAGUUGCAUCUAGGCUAAGGCUUUUGUCCUAUGCAAUGUUUGAAGCGUAUGCCUCUGAAGAUGGAUGUCAUGUUGAUUAUAGAAGCAUGCAUGGAAGUGAGGAGUUUGCCAGGUAUCUAAGAACAGUAGAAGAGCUUCAAAGAGGGGAAAUAUGGAAUUUGUCAAGAGAAGAGAAACUUUCUUUCUUUAUUAAUUUGUAUAAUAUGAUGACCAUCCACGCAAUUUUAGUAUGGGGUCAUCCAACUGGAGCAUUAGAAAGAAGAAAAUUGUAUGGAGACUUCAAAUAUGUUAUUGGUGGAUCCACCUACUCACUUUUGGCUAUCCAGAAUGGCAUUUUGAGAGGAAAUCAACGACCACCAUAUACCUUUAUGAAAUUGUUUGGUGUAAAUGAUAAACGUUUAAAGGUGGCCCUCCCUUUUCCUGAGCCUCUUAUUCAUUUUGCUUUAGUAUACGGUUCUAGAUCUGGACCAGCACUUCGGUGCUAUUCACCUGGGGACAUUGACAAAGAAUUAGUGGAUGCAGCCCGUGAUUUCUUAAGAAAUGGAGGCCUUUUAAUAGAUUUUACUGCAAAGGUUGCAUAUGCCAGUAAGAUCCUUAAAUGGUUUAGUGUAGAUUUUGGCAAGAAUGAGAUAGAGGUUUUGAAGCAUGUGUCAAACUACUUACAUCCAGCUGACUCAGAAUUAUUAUUGGACCUUCUUGCAACUUCUGAGUUGAAGGUGAUAUAUCAAACUUAUGAUUGGGGUUUGAAUUGCUAAUGUGGCCUAUUAAAUUUUGGUCAAUAUAACGCUUGUAUUCCUACUAACUAGUUUUUAUUACACAAAGUAGCGCUAACAUAACCAUUCCAUAUGUUAGCUUGUGUAAUCAUUUUGUACUAUAAUCUAUUUUUUAACUGUAAA